UUCCGACAGACUGCGCGUGCGCGCCGCGAAAGAGCUAUACCAUCAUGGCGGCGUCAGUACAAAAAUAUGAGCUAGUUUUCAGUGAUUGAAAACACUCCAGCUAUUAAUAACACAGAUGAGAACAUGCAUAACGAAAAGAAAAUAACCAAAGAAGACACAUGGAGACCAGCUGACCUGAGAAGACAUAUCAGGGAGGGCGAACAAGGUGAUGAAAAUGUCAGGAGGCGAGAUGACAGUGAGAGAAAGCACCGUGGUGGAGAAUCUUUGGAGAGACGCCCCAGAGACCCAGAGAGGGAGUCCAGACGAGAAAGAGACAAGCACAGGGAAAGUACAAGAGAGAGAAGAGAUGUAGAUAGAAAAGAAAGAUCUUUUGAGCUAAGUAAACAUGCCUCACAGGACAGAAGAGGUGAUAAGGAAAGGGACAAGGAGAGGAAAAAGGAAACGGACAGACUGGGGGAUGGAGAUAUGUACAGUGAUGAUAACAGAGAUAAUGGGGACAAAAAAAGGGAAAGAGAGGACAAGCAUGAUAGGGAGAGAGAGAAGGAAAGGCACAGAGAUAAGGAGAAAGACAGGGUUAGCGAUAGAGAGAGACGCAAUGGGGAGGACAGGGACAAAAAGAGAGAAGAGAGGGACAAGGAAAGAAGUAGGGAAGAAUAUCACAGAGAGCACAGGACUGAAAGGGAGAGAAGGCGACAUGAGGAAAGUGGAGACAGAGUCAGAGACCAGAGAGAGCGGCAUCGGGAGAGAGAGCGACCCAAAGAUGGACGUGAAGAAAAGAGGAAUGACAAAGGAAGACUUGCAGGCAGGAAGCAUUCAGAACAGAAAGAUGAAAGCGAGUACAGAGAAGAACACAGAAGACUUACAGAGGAGAGAGAAAGGAAACAAAAAGAGAGAGGAUAUGGCGAUCAUAAGCCAAAGCAUGACAGUGAAUCCAGGGAGCACAGAGACUUGAAGAGGUCGGGUGAGGAGGAAAGGCAUCAUCGUGGUGACAGAGAGCGAGCUGAAUGGGACAAACACAAAGAGAGAAAGCACAGAGAGGAAGGACAUCAAGAAAGAAAACACAGAGACAGAAGGCACAGAGAAGAAGAGGACCUAGAAAGAAUUCACAGAGACAAAGGCACCUCCAAGAAAUCAGCCUCUGACAAGAGUCACGGGCACGAGAUUAAUACAGUCAAAACAGAGGUUGUCAAUGAUUUGGCUGACCAGGAGUAUGAAGAUGAUUUUGAGAAACUGGAUUAUGAGGAAGAUUUUGAGGAGCUGGAUCAGAGUGAAGAUGAAGGUGAGGAUGAUAAGGAGCCAGUGCUUCCACAAGUGGGAGAAGAAAAAGAGGAAGUUCUGUCCCAAAAGAGAAAGGAGAUCGAAGCAAUUCAGAGAGCAAUGGAUGAAGAGAAUGAGAGAGUUGGUUCAGCUCAGUUCUCACAAAGUAUGAGGAGAGGGGAGGAAGAUGGACCUAAAUGGUCCAGAGGGUCUGAAAAGAACCAGAGUCGAGACUCUCAUCGUGGGAGGUUUAUUGACUUUGUGGCAGCAAAGCAGCGCGAAGUCAGCAAGAAAGUUGCCACAAAACAGAAGAAACGCAGCACAGAGCUGCUUCGAUUAAUUGAUCUGGAUUUCUCAAUGAAAAUCUCCCUGUUAGAUCUCCCCCCUGUAAAUGAGUAUGACAUGUAUAUUCGAACCUUUGGAACUGAAAAUACCAAACAGGCCUAUGUUCAAUGUAAUGAGGAUAAUGCAGAUCGAGAUAUUCAAACGGAGGAGAUAGAGGUGUGUGAGAAGUGGACACAGCAUCCUCCAGAGCACAAUGGAGCCUGUGGAGAUCCAAACCUUUCUCAGGAAGCACGAGAAAAAAACAGUGAAAUUAACUAUGAUUCCCAGCGUCUGGCAGCAUUUCUGCAUUCAGCCUCACAGGUCAUGGUUGUCCUGUUGGAAGAAGAUCAAGCUGAGAGAAAAUCCCUGAGGAAGUUGAGGACUCAAACAGACACACUGUCUUUCAGCGAUGGAAGUUUACAGCUCAACACCAAGUUGCCUUUUCUCUAUGGUCGACAAAUCAAUCUGCUGCACUUCUCUCAAGUCCAGAUGAACACUGUGAUGUCAGUCCACACACCAACAACUAAGCCCAGCGCAGUGCGUCUCGACAGCUCCACCAUCAUCUGCAUCUGGAACAUCUGGGAGCCAUCUAGACCUCAGAAGAUCCUUGUCUAUGAAUCAGAGGUGCAGUGUUGCUGUUUCAGCCCUGGAAAGGCCAUAUUGGUGUUUGCGGGCACAUCAGUUGGCUCUGUUGUGCUGUGGGACCUGAGGGAGCAUGCUAGUAACCACUGCCUCCUGAAGAUAGGGGAGGAUGAAUGGUGCUUCAGACAACCUACCUUCUCCACUGAUGCAGUAAUGGCUGGCUCAGGACAUUUCUCAUCUGUGUCGUCUGUAGAGGUUGUCCCCUCCACAGUAGCAGGGGGGCUGAGGCCAGAGGUCCCCCUUUUGGUAUCUGAAGAAGAGUCGUCGGGAUUGUCGUUCCAGCUGGCUUCUCUGGAUGAUAUCGGGGUUUUACAUUUCUGGGUGGUAGUGGAACUCCCAAGAGCCAACGAAGCAGGCUCUCCAACAGAUCUAGGACUAAGGCCUGGGGGAAAAGUCAAGUUGCUCCACAGCUCCUCCCUCCUCACGGCUGAGAGGGUGUCACCAGGAGAUGCAGUGAAAACGGGGCCAUUACAGGCUCGUCAUUUAAAGUUUCUUCCAUCUGACUCCAAUCAUUUCUUUAUUGGCACCAAUAUGGGUCUAGUCAGUCAUGGAACAAGUCACGGUUUGAAGGCUGCUCCAAAGUUUUACAGGUUUCAAGAGGCUGAAGUCCAACCUAUUGAUGUCAGCUCAAUCCACUUUUCUCCCUUCAGACAAAACUUGUUCUUGGUGGGUUGUAGUGAUGGCAGCAUCAGGUUGCAUGCAGUCAGCCAGGAGCAGCCUGUGGCAGAGUGGAGGAACAGUACAGCAGGUGAACCGGUGAUCUCACUGCAGUGGGCGCAAACCAGGCCGACAGUCUUCUGUGUGCUCGAUGCAGCCUCUAACCUCCACAUAUGGGACUUGCUGAAAAAUGACACAGAGCCUGUGCUCACUGAGAGGAUAUCUGCGGACAGGGUGACAGACAUGGCUGUGUUUGGAGACUCAGGAAAACAAAACACAUAUUCAGGAAUAGCCCUCGUACACGAGUCAGGAAAAAUAGAGAUGCAGUACUUUAAAAGAAAUUUUACUCUGCUCAUUCCUGCAGAGGAGGUGAAGCUGGAGACUCUGAUGACUGAAGCCUUAUGAAGAACUGCAUCUGAAAUGGCUGCAUUUAGACUAACGUGUUUGAGUUCAUUCAAAUGAUUUACUGUAUUUUUACACCGGUUGCACCAACUGGUCUUUACUAAGACUGGUCUUAACUGCUAAGACCGUCGUAGUUACGACCAGUCUUUAGAAUUAAAUUAACUUUGGUUGCACCAAUCAAACAUAAAGGGGCAGUAAGCGAUUUUGGAGAAAGCUUUUCUCUCUUUUUUUGUUGUUGUUGUGAUUUUACUGCUCUGGCCAGGUCGUGAACCCGCAACCUCAGGUAAGGGAGAUCGACGCACUAACCAAUAGGCCAAAACCACAGAGUUCCAGCGCCACCCACUAGCAGGUGUCGAUGAGUGAUGUUUAUAAACUGCACUCACUGUUGUGAGGUGCGGUCCGCACCGUUUUUGUUUUUCCGAUUUACAGAGCCAGGACUGAGACGAAAACACUGAAAAAAAUUUGGCGUAGGCACAGAAGCGACAGCUAGCGGACCAUGAGGAAAUAUUUUCAGAUUUUUACAAAACGUGUAUUGCUCUAGAAUCGCUUACUGCCUCUGUAAGAUUAUUCUAAUCUACGCCUGGUUAUAGCGAUAUAUGUUCAUGUGAGCGGCCAAUUUUUUGCCAAUGGACAAUGAUCCCAGUGAUGGUUGAUGGUCAGAGUGAUCACUAUAGCCUAUUUAUUAAUAUUAAAUUUAAUCUGCCCCGCCACACAUGUCAUCAUGUCAGCAUAAACAUGCAGUUGGUGCAACUGGCCCAGGGGGCCGAAGAGCAUCAGUAUCAAUUUAUGAAUCUGUUUUUGUCACUGUCACUUUGAAUAGUGCAUGUUCAAUUUGAUGUGUCAGGUUUUUCUUUAGAAACUGAUGAUACAUGGCUUGAACAGCAAUGAGAGGAAUGUGGCGAGAUACCAAAGAUCCUACACAAUUCAUUUAAUAUCCUCCAUUAGGAUAAAUACAUAAUAUUGAUGUUUGUUGGUGUAAAUAUUUAUACUUUUUGACUAAUAGGAAAUAUUUGUGGUAACAAGUUACAUUUUUGUAAAAUAAAUUGAGUAUAUAUGUA